CGAAACGAACACUCAUCAACAAAUAGACUCUUUUUUUUCUUAGACAAUAAAUUUUCCUAUUUUAAAAAUCUAGAUACAUUAAGCAUUAGUCUCAAGAAAAAAACAAACCUAAUUAUAAUCGUGUAUCGUUCUAAAAAAAAAAUGAGAUGAGUACAAACUAUCUUCCCUCUUGUACAAUUUCCAUAAUCAUAUGGUGAUAUGGAUCAUGUUAUUCAUGUAUCAUUUUUUUGUUCAAAAAAAUCCAAUAUUCAAAACAUAAAACUCUCUUAAAGCCCAAAAAAAAACCCACAAAUCCUCUACAAUUGAACGCACCCUAACUCCCCUACACCCUCACCCAUCAAACCAAAUCACAACCCUUAAUUCCACCACUUACAAAACAUUCCCUCGAAAAUUCCAUUACCUCUCUGCUUUCUUCUCUACUCUUAUCCACUCCAUUUUCUCUCUCCUCCGACGAUGUGGAAAGCGUCGGUAAACGGCCAAUGCGCCACCGACAGCAGCACCGGCGCCGCCACAGUCUCCAUUAACGCCGGCGAACUCAAGCUCAAAGCCGCCAUGUCCGAAGCCAUCUUCGACGCUGGUCCAAUCUUCAGAAACCUCUCUCUUUCACUUGAAAAACCUGGGUCUUUCAUCGUCGACUACAAUGUCCCCAAACAAGAUUUGAGGUUUCAAUUCAUGAAUUCAAUUAGGGUUUUAGACAAGCAAUUGAAGAUGACAUAUACGCAUUCUAGGGCAGAUAAGAAUUUGUGGGUUGAUGGAACUGUGGUGAUUGAUUCGUCGAAUAAGAUUUCUGCGACUUGUAAUUUUGAUUCUGGAAUUCGGAAAUUCAAGUAUUGUUAUAGUCAAGCAGGAGGUGCUAGAACUUUUGAACCUUGUUAUGAUGUUGCCAAGAAUUCCUGGGAUUUUUCUGUUUCCCAGAGGAUUACUGGGGAUGAUGUUGUUAAGGGUUCUUACCAGACUUCUACUAAGAUUUUGGGGUUGGAAUGGUCGAGAGCUUCGCCUUUCAGUGGUUCUUUCAAGGUUUCAGCGUCUCUGAAUUUGGCCGAGGAAUCAAAAAUACCAAAAUUGAGUGCUGAGAGUACUUGGGAUUUUGAUAUGUGAUUUCUGUAGUUAGCUUUUCUUUACUUAUUUUUCCCCAAAGAUAUUGGGUUUUUUCUCCAAUGCAAGAUCUGUGGUCUUGCAGUACAGAUUUUAAAUGCUUACUGCUUAGUGUUAAACGUGGUUUAUAUUCAACUCGAAGUUUUUGUAGCUCUAACUCCUCUAAGCCUCUAGGGCCAUUUUUUUUUCACAUCUCUUUUUGCUCAUGUGCUACGGCCUCUGCCUUUUGGCCUGAGCUCUGCUGGUUCUGAUAUGUAAUUGGAUUAACAGGUAAUGUCAAUACCAAACAAGCAAUCAUGCAUA